CAUGUUAUAACAUUUUUUUUGUUAAACCAAAACCAUUAAUUUUCAAGAUUUUGGCCCACCACUUUCUAUAUAACUCUACCAAAAAGGAACACAAAUUACACAAAGUCUCAUUUUCAUUCCAAACGCAUUUUCUUCUCAUCAAAUAUACCUGCUUUUGAGGUUUUGGAUCAAGAAGGGUGUUUUUUGAUGGAGAGUGUUAGUAACAGUUCCUCUCAGCUUAAUGUAAAGCAAUAUGAACCAACUCUGGUUGCUCCAGCAGAGGAAACAGAGAAGGGUCUUUACUUCCUCACAAACCUUGAUCAGAACAUUGCAGUUAUAGUUCGCACUAUUUACUGUUUUAAGUCAGAGUCUAAAGGCAAUGAGGAUGCUGUGAAAAUCAUUAAGGAUGCCUUGUCUAAGGUUCUUGUUCCCUACUACCCAGUUGCGGGCCGGUUAACAAUCAGUACAGAAGGAAAGCUGAUAGUGGAUUGCACAGGGGAGGGUGCUGUUUUUGUUGAGGCUGAAGCAGACUGUACAAUAGAGGAAAUAGGCUACACAACAAAGCCUGACCCAGUCACUCUUGGAAAGCUAGUUUAUGACAUUCCAGGCGCAAGGAACAUACUUGAAAUGCCUCUUCUAGUGGCUCAGGUGACUAAAUUCAAAUGUGGAGGUUUUGUUCUUGGACUAUGCAUGAACCAUUGUAUGCAUGAUGGAAUUGCUGCCAUGGAAUUUGUAAACUCAUGGAGUGAAACUGCAAGAGGCUUGCCCCUAAAAGUCCCACCAGUUCUAGAUAGAAGCUUACUCAAAGCCCGGAACCCACCUAAGAUAGAGUUUGAGCACAAAGAAUUUGCUCAGAUUGAAGAUAUAUCAGAGACCAGCGAACUUUACAAAGAAGAAAUGCAUUAUAGUUCCUUCUGUUUUGACCCUGAGAAGCUUGAACAGCUCAAGAAAAAGGCAAUGGAAGAUGGGGUUUUGGAGAAGUGCACAACAUUUGAAGCCCUCACAGCUUUUGUCUGGAAAUCUAGAACUCAGGCACUAAGGAUGCAGCCUGAUCAGCAAACAAAGCUUCUCUUUGCUGUUGAUGGAAGGUCUAGAUUUGAGCCACCAAUUCCAAAGGGGUACUCUGGCAAUGCAAUUGUCUUAACAAAUUCAAUAUGUAAUGCAAGUGAGCAACUAGAGAACCCACUGUCAUUUACAGUUGGACUAGUUCAAAAGGCAAUUAACAUGAUUACAGACAGUUAUAUGAGAUCGGCUAUAGACUAUUUUGAAGCAACAAGAGCUAGGCCUUCACUUGCAGCAACCCUAUUGGUUACAACUUGGUCUAGGCUAUCUUUUCACACAGUAGAUUUUGGAUGGGGAGAAGCUCUUUUUUCUGGCCCUGUGGCUUUGCCUGAGAAGGAAGUAAUUCUGUUCCUAUCUCAUGGGAAAGAGAGGAAAAGCAUAAAUGUUCUUUUAGGUUUGCCGGCUUCUGCAAUGAAAAUCUUUGCAGAACUGAUGCAGAUUUGAAGGUAUCUUCCUGGAUUUUCUUUAUCUAAGCAUUUGUUAUAGCUUGUGUCAUUCGUUGCAAGUACCGGGUUAAGUUAUAUUGGCGUAAGUGCACUUCAUGCCAAAGGAAUUCCAAUGAUCAAGGAGAACAACAUGUAGUCCAGUUUAAUUUAAACACUGACACUGGAUUACCAUGUUUGGAACAGAAAGGCAUGAAGAAGUGAAAAUUUAUGUUCCCUAUUUGUUAAUUACUAUUUAUUUCAUUUGUAAUUGUAUGAACUAUUAAGUUCUUAUGGAGUCUUUUAAGUUCAAAUUCAAUAAUUCAUAAGCAAAGAGAUCAGUAAACUUCUGAAUCA